UCUGACCUCUCUCUUCUUAAUGUCCGCUUCACUCAACCCUCGUCCUUCGACUCAGGAGGGUGACCUUCUGAGUAGAUCAAUCAAACGAAUCAAAGGCGGGGAUUAUCCAACAAUUGAUGAGGAUUAUCAAAUGAUCGAAAAUUCUACCCAGCCUUUGUCGUACAAAGAUCUGGUUCUACGCAACGAUUCGAUCGAAAUCUGCUGCGACGCAACAACCAAUCUGGAUAUUCUGGAAGAGGACUCAGAUUGUGAGGAUGAUGGCUCAAUUCCCACAAUCCUCAUUUCAAGAGAGGAGAAGAAAAGAAUACGCUCGCCAUGGCUUAAUUCCAUUAUCAUCAAGGCAUUCGGAACUAAAUCAGCAGGUUACAACUUCAUAUUCCCAAGAAUCAAAGCUCAAUGGAAACCGAGAGGAAGGAUGGAUUGUGUCGAUCUUGGUGUGGAUUUUUUCCUCAUAAGAUUCCAAGAAAGAGAAGACUUGCUAAGAGUUCUGAAUGGGGGUCCAUGGUUUGUGGGUCCUUACUACUUAACUAUUCGACAAUGGGAACCGGCUUUUGAUCCAGAGAAAGCAGCGUUCACUACCACAGCUAUCUGGGCAAGACUACCCAGGCUGCCUAUUGAGUAUUAUGACGUGAAAAUUCUUGAAAGAAUUGGGAAAUUAUUGGGGAAGCCUCUGCGAUUGGACGCUCAUACAGCACAUCAGACAAGAGGACAGUUUGCUAGGAUUUGCGUUCAAGUAGAUCUUGAUGAGCCGCUUGUCCCCUUUGUUAGGAUUGGUAAGCAUAUCCAGAAAGUGUUAUAUGAGGGUCCAGUAGCUCUUUGUUUCUCCUGUGGAUGUGUUGGCCACAAAGAGAACUCCUGCCCGCUUAAACUGUCGCAAGCCCCUGCUGUUAUGGAGGAGGACUCCCCCAAUUGUACCAAACCUGUCAACGAGGAUGCUAAAGAUGAUACUGUGAUAGAAGAGUGUCAGGGAUUUGGUCCAUGGAUGCUUGUGGAUAGGAGGAAAAAUAGGAGGAAGCUUAAUGGAAAGGCUCCUGGUUCUGGGAAUCAACAGAGCAAUCUCAACUCCUCACAUGGAGGGAAACUGAGUAGCCAACUCACUGAGUCACGAAAUGGGUCGAAGCGGAGGGACGAGAUGGUCAAUACGUUGGGGAACAACCCAAUUAAUGUUCCUACCGUUGGCACUAACGGAAGCAUCGAUACUAACGGACCUCUGAAUCAUUCCCAAAAUCAAGGACCCAAACUUAGCGCUAACCAAAUUAGUUCAAAUGUUACUACCUCGUCCCAUACUAACUCUAUUUCUUUUAUGGUGCAGGAUCCUCAUGGAUUGCCUCGGGAUAAUGCAAAAGGGAGAGAUAUCUCUAUUACUUGCUCCAAGGGAACACGCAAGGAGGAUAAGUCUAAAAAAAUCUCUGCUGGUGGUCAUCCAAAAGAUGUCAAUAACCUACAAUCUUCGUCGUCCUCCACCAUUGGAAAUUUGGGCAAUGGAUCCAAGGACCUUCAGGAAGUUGUGCCGACUGUGGGACAUUUAUCUAGUCAACGAAGAGAACAACAUUUUGUCAAUGGAGAAAGCACUGUCACUGCUUCUGCAAAAGGAAUCAACACUGGUGGAAGGUUGGGAUCGAGACACAGUAGCCAGGAACUGGACCCGUCCGGUUGUGGUUCAAGAGGGAGUCGAUCCCAUCCCUUACCUUCCACCCCCAACCGAAUGGAUUCAACUUCCCCCUCCAUUGGAAACCCCAGACUUGUGUUUCACCUCGAGAGCGACAUGGAGCUUGACAGGGGAGAAACUGGGGUGGGAGUUUUGGGAGGAACAACUCUCACCUCAGAUAGUGUGGGUUCCGGAGAGCAGCUGGUUUCUCAACAAAAUGUCGCUACUGGGAUGCAUGAAGAUCGUCCACUUGAUUAUUCAACGGGAGAAGGUUCCAUGUGCCAUGAGAGCUCGCUUCAUCCAGAGGACUAUUCCGUUCUACUUCCCAGAAGUGAACAUGUUGAUAAAGAACAGAUCGAGCGAUUCAGUCCGUUGGAAUCAGGAGCUGGGCCGUUGGGUCAUGAAUUCCUUCAAGAGAUCAUCCGUGAACACAAUCCUGGACUCUUUGUCAUCAUGGAAACCAAACUUAAUGGUGAUAGGGCGAUAGAGGUGGCCCGAAGUCUGGGAUUUCCAAAAUGGGAAAUAGUAGAUGCUGAAGGCUAUGCUGGCGGGAUUUGGCUCCUUUGGGAUGAUUCCCGAUUCUUAGUGGAAACCCUUUACAAAGGCUCCCAGGUCAUCCACGCUCUUGUUAAGGUAAUUUCUCAUCCUUAUUUUACUAGUUUUGAGUGGUUUUUAUCUGCUGUUUAUGCUAGACCUCAGUUUAAUAUUAGACGAUUGCUCUGGGAUAACCUAAGAGAAUUUUCUCAGACCAUCAACGGCCCUUGGAUGGCCAUUGGUGAUUUUAAUGACAUUACUGUUCAAUCUGAGAAAUUUGGGGGAAACCCUUUCCCUUCUUAUAGAAUUCAAGCUUACACAGAAUGCAUGUCCUAUUGUAAUCUCAUGGAUUUAGGAUUUAAUGGCCCUAAGUUUACUUGGGUUAAUAAUAGAAAUGCUAAUCAACUGAUUUGGGAAAGACUAGAUAGAGCGUGGGGUAAUCCAGCUUGGAGGAUUAAAUUUCCCGAAGCUACUAUCUUUCACCUCUCGAGACUUUCCUCUAAUCACUGCCCUAUUAUGGUUUCUCUUCAUCCUACUGUUCCAACCUUAGGAGAUAAACCGUUUCGUCUUGAAAAGUUUUGGUUAGAUCAUGAAUCCUUUAAAGAGUUAUUUGCUUCAGAAUGGGUCCACACUAAUCUUUCCAUAUCAGAGUGCUCUACACAUUUUAAAAAUUCUGUUCGGGUGUGGAGCAGAACUGUUUUUGAUAAUAUUCACAAGAAAAAGAAAGAGAUUUUGGCUUGGCUAACGGGCAUUCAAAAGGCUCUUCAACUCAAAAACAGUUCCUUUCUCUUGAAUUUAGAGAAGGGACUAAAUCAGGAAUUUCAGUACAUCCUUAAACAUGAAGAGGAUUUAUGGUUUCUUAAGUCUCGUACUCAAUGGAUUCUAGAUGGAGACAAAAACGCUAGGUUCUUUCAUGUCUCUACUAUCAAACGUCAAUCCUAUAAUAGAAUUAUGGGACUUAAGGACCUUCAAGGAUCUUGGGCUUAUGAUCCUGAAGGAAUUCAUAACAUAGUCCUCGCCUAUUUUAAAGAUUUGUAUACUUCCUCCCUAGAUCAUUCAUUUCAUGAUUUGUUUGGGGAUAUAACAAAGGCGCCUACUGUGGAUUACUCUGAAUGGGACCUUCUCAUAGCUCCUCCAUCAGAUGUAGAAAUCUGGUUAGCUGUGAAAUCUAUGAAAGCUUGGAAAGCCCCAGGUCCUGAUGGGCUUCAUGUUGCUUUUUUUCAGAAAUUUUGGGAGCUUCUCAAAACUAAACUCUGUUCUGAAAUCCAAUUGGCUUUUAUUAAUGGGGUUAUGCCGCAUACUUGGUGUCAAAGUCUUAUCACACUAAUUCCCAAGGUCCCUAAUCCGGAGACGAUCUCCCAAUUUCGUCCUAUUGGUCUGUGUAAUGUGGCUUAUAAGAUCGUUACCAAAAUUAUUGUUUUGAGACUUAAAAAGAAUAUUGGUAAUCUUAUCUCUCCCCUUCAAGCUAGUUUCAUCCCGGGUAGAAGCGGAAUGGAUAAUGUUCUUAUUUUGAGAGAGCUGGUUCAUUCCUUUUCUAAAAGGAAGGGGUGUGUGGGAGAUAUGAUUGUGAAACUUGAUUUGGACAAGGCUUAUGAUAGAUUAGAGUGGGGUUUUAUCCGAGAAGCCCUUAGUUUCUUUAAUUUUCCCCCACCUCUAAUUAAGUUGAUUAUGUCUUGUAUUUCUUCGUCGGAAUUUGCUGUCAUUGUGAAUGGGAGAAUUGGUGAUCAUUUUCAACCUUCUAGGGGUCUUAGACAAGGGGACCCUCUUUCCCCUUAUCUAUUUAUUCUUUGUGUCGAAUAUUUAUCUCUUAAGCUUCAAGGUGGUAUUGCUUCUGGUAACUGGAAAGGGACCAAACUGGGUAGGAAAGGUCCCUGUCUUUCCCACCUAUUUUUUGCAGAUGACCUGGUUUUUAUUGGUAAAGCUACUAUAACUAAUGCUACCUUUCUCAAGGAGGUUCUCUUCUCCUUCUGCUCUAGGUCGGGAGAGCAAGUCAAUCUUGAUAAAUCAAAAAUUCUUUUUUCUGUCAAUACCUCGGAGCCUGUCAAGAAUGCUAUUUGUUCUGUUCUUUCCAUUACUGAAACGGAUCAUUUGGGAAAAUAUCUUGGUGUCCCCAUCACUCCCAAAAGGAUAUCUAAAUCAGAUUGUAAUUUUAUUGUGGAUAAGGUGCGGCAAAAACUCACUGGCUGGAAAGCUAGUAUGUUGUCCCUUGCUGGUAGGACUACUCUUGUUUCUUCAGUUCUGUCAUCCAUUCCUAAUUAUUAUAUGCAAGGUAUAUUUCUUCCAGUAGCAACUCAUGCAGAGUUGGACAAGUUAUCUCGGCAGUUCCUUUGGGGUUCCACCCCCCAAAAAAGAAGAGCAAAUCUUGUGUCUUGGGAUAAAAUCACACAACCUAAGAAAUUUGGUGGGCUUGGUAUUCGUUCCUCUAAGGAAGCGAAUCAAGUAGCUAUGGCCAAAGUCCAUUGGCGUAUGCUUACGGAAAAAGAUAAUAUUUGGGCUAAGGCUUUUCGGGACAAAUUUAAUAUUAUUGAGCCUAGUAGCAGUUUGGACAAGGCCUCCCCAGUGAUUAAAAAUAUAAAAAAGGGGAAACACAUCAUUGAUAAGGGUAUUAAAUGGAUUCCUCGUAUGGGCAAUAAAAUCUCUUUUUGGUAUGAUACAUGGGUGGGUAAGGAUCCCCUUAGUUCUGUGAUUUAUGGACCACACCAGGUUAAUGCCCCUGAUAUUACUAUUAGAGAUGCUUUUCUUUCCUCCAGGGAAUGGAACUGUGAUUUGAUCUCAUAUGCACUCCCUACUGAUAUUGUUAAUAGGCUAAGGGCCAUUCCUUUUAAUAUCACCGAUACUGGGACUGAUACUUUUAUUUGGGGGUACUCUAGCAAUGGUCUUUUUAAAUCUAAAACUGCAUAUUAUCUUGCUAAGAACCUCCCUUUUGACAGCAAGUGCUCUUGGUCCUGGAUUUGGGAUAUGGAUACCAUUCCUAGAAUUCAGAUGUUUAUAUGGCUUUUGAAGCAUGGCAAAUUGCUUACUUAUGACACUCUUUUCAAUUGGGGCAUUGUGGAGUCUAAUAAUUGUCCCAGGUGUCACCAGGCUCCUGAAACUCUCAAUCAUAUCUUUAGAGAGUGUUACUUUGCUAAAUUGUUGUGGUCUCUUCUUACUCCUCAUCCUAUUAACAAUCUUUUUCAUGAUCUUGAUUUUGAUGGCUGGCUCUUUGCUCAUUCUAAUCAAUCAAAAGUUUUUGGUUGUGGGGGAUGGAGUACUUCCUUCUCAUACAUCACUUGGUCCCUUUGGUAUUUUCGAAAUCUUUUGGUUCAUGAAAAGAAGAAUGUCUCGUUGGUUAUGGCAAGGGAUUUCAUCUUGUUAAAAAUCAAUGAGUAUAAGCAGCUUCAUCCGUUGAACACUGAUGGUUCAGCUGUGACAAACCCAGGAAAUGCUGGUGCUGGAGGAAUUUUCAGAGAUGAACUUGGUAACUGGCUGUUGGGAUUUUACAGGAAUAUUGGAUAUACAUCCAGCCUUUCGACGGAGCUAUGGGCAUUAAGAGACGGCCUUAAACUGGCCGUGGACAAGGGAUUUUCCCAUCUCAUUGUUGAAACUGAUUCUAUGGUAGCAAAAACUCUAAUUGAUUCUGCCCAUUCUGAUUCUCACUCACUGGGGGUUUUAAUUGAUGAUUGCAGGGCUAUGAUGUCCCAAGUCCCCAGCAUCCAGUUUAAACAUGUGUUCAGGGAAGCCAACAAUGUUGCUGACUGGUUGGCUAAGAAGGGUACAAAGUCGGACUCUCCCUUUGUUGUGCUGAAUCAAUGUCCCUCCGGUCUUCGUAAUCUUUUGUAUUCGGAUAUUAUUGGGGUUAUGACUCCCAGGACUUCUGUAUUUAGUUAAUUAGCUAUGCUAUCUCCUUUCUACCAAAAAAAAAAAACUAGCUUUUUAAGAAAAAUACAUAAUUGAG